AUGGCAGACGACGCAGUGGUAACGAGGAAUGUAAAACUCGAUAACUGCAAAAAUUUACAGUGUGACUUUGACAAGACUCCAUCAGUGGGCAAACAAAUGCCACUAGACUUCAAUCUCAGCAAGUGUAAAGUGAUCAACAAGUGGAAUGAACUGGAAGAAGUAAUGGAAGCCACCUUCAUCCACAACUUCAAGGGAAAAGACAACAAGGGAUUCGAACGUCAGAAUAGUUCAAUUGUAACACAACUGAGUACAAGAACGUGCCACAGAGUACAAGAACGUGCCACAGAGUACAAGGACGUGCCACAGAGUACAAGGACGUGCCACAGAGUACAAGAACGUGCCACAGAGUACAAGGACGUGCCACAGAGUACAAGAACGUGCCACAGAGUACAAGGACGUGCCACAGAGUACAAGGACGUGCCACAGAGUACAAGGACGUGCCACAGAGUACAAGGACGUGCCACAGAGUACAAGGACGUGCCACAGAGUACAAGGACGUGCCACAGAGUACAAGGACGUGCCACAGAGUACAAGGACGUGCCACAGAGUACAAGAACGUGCCACAGAGUACAAGGACGUGCCACAGAGUACAAGGACGUGCCACAGAGUACAAGGACGUGCCACAGAGUACAAGGACGUGCCACAGAAUACAAGGACGUGCCACAGAGUACAAGGACGUGCCACAGAGUACAAGAACGUGCCACAGAGUACAAGAACGUGCCACAGAGUACAAGGACGUGCCACAGAGUACAAGAACGUUGCUCACAUAACUCCAAUGUUGAGUUCACAGUCUCGACGCCUCCAGGCAACUGGAGAGCGUCUCCAGGCCCUGUGCCACAUAGAACAAAUAAUAUAUUCAACAUCUAUGAGUAUAGCUUGCCCACCCCUGGUGUUCCUGGGGGCGGCCAGCCCACCCCUGGUGUUCCUGGGGGCGGCCAGCCCACCCCUGGUGUUCCUGGGGGCGGCCAGCCCACCCCUGGUGUUCCUGGGGGCGGCCAGCCCACCCCUGGUGUUCCUGGGGGCGGCCAGCCCACCCCUGGUGUUCCUGGGGGCGGCCAGCCCACCCCUGGUGUUCCUGGGGGCGACCAGCCCACCCCUGGUGUUCCUGGGAGCGGCCAGCCCACCCCUGGUGUUCCUGGGAGCGGCCAGCCCACCCCUGGUGUUCCUAGGCGACACCCAGCCCACCCCUGGUGUUCCUGGGGGCGGCCAGCCCACCUCAGCCCACCCCUGGUGUUCCCAGGGACCCCCAGCCCACCCCUAGUGUUCCUAGGGACCCCCAGCCCACCUCAGCCCACCUCAGCCCACCUCAGCCCACCACCACCUUUCGUCACCAGAUGA